GCAACUUGUUGAGAACGAAAGCGAAAGUAAAGUUCCACUCUGUUCAAGGAACGUUUGUUGUUUUACCAAUGAACAAAAUGGACUUAUGUCUAAAAGUCUUUAUUUACAUCUUUCUACUUAGAGAUAUCCAGAGUGCUAGUCAGAUUUCCUGGCUGCCCUGUAAAUUCAUUGAUGAAGAAGUUUUGGUGGACUCUAAAGGCUACAAUAAUACAAAACUCAUACCAAGAUCGGCUGUGCUGCAGUUUGGACUGAUAGGAGACCCUCUGGUGAACUCAGAUGCUGUCACCUUUCUCAUCACUCCAUCAACGUUGGAUGUGCGUCAUUUGCUGGCGGAUGCAGAGGUGGAGCAGUUAUCGUGUGAACUGCAUCGGUACAGCACAGAUGGGUCCCACAUUCGCUGGCCUGUCAAAGCAGAGCAUCCACACAACCGCUGGUUCACUGUAACUAUCUCUCACUCCAAAAAUCUGUUUAAAAUCAUGGCCUUCAUCAGACAAUCCAGCAACCAGCCUCCAACAGGACAGCACGACUAUAAGAGCUGGACAGUCAUAAAGGACAAAGAGAUCCUCACUACAUCAGUGGUGAUGAUCAUACAGACCCAGACCCCAGUGGUGAAAUCCUCAUUGAAAUCCUAUUCCAAACUACAAUGCCAGUUCUAUAUUGACCAUAAAGCUCCCAAAGUGACUGUGGAGUGGAAAAAAUAUGGCAACAACGCUCCACUGUUCAGCCACAACAGCCCAUCAGGACAAACACAGGGCUCAGGGGUGGACUUAAAACAACUGGCUGCAGGGGACGCCACCUACACCACUCCUCUCACUAAAGUGGGCAGUGAAGGCACCUACAUGUGCUAUGUGCAAGUGCAUCCUCUGCUGGGGCGUGUAAAUGUGGAACUGGAAAUAGAAGUGCCUCCACGUAUUUCCUUGAAUGUCAGCCCCACCCUGAUUAUAUCUGAAGAUACUGUGAAGAAAGUGGUAUGCAUGGCAGAUGGGUACUACCCCCUAGAUGUAUCCAUACAGUGGUCCCAUAAGGGCAGUACUGAUGUUGGCCCGCGGGUGGACAGAACUCAGCUCUCCAGUCACGUCAGUAAUCCAAACCACACGUACAGCCUCUCCGCCUUCUUCUAUUUGCAGCCAAAACUUUGGGACUCAGGGAGGAAGUUUACCUGCUCCGUAUUUCACCGCUCCCUGUCAGCCCCCAUCACGAAAACAUUCACAGUCACUGUUACAGAGCCAGGCCAGUGGAUACUUUACUUCAAUGUCUUCACCCUGGUGGUUGUAGUGGCCCUGGUGCUACGUUAUGUACUCAGAGUGAGAAGAUGUCGGUUCUGUUUUUAAACCCUGGAUCCAGAUUUGUGUCCAGGACAAAGGAAAGUUUACAAAGCAGUGUCUUUGACAUUUGACUCACUAGUGUGGGAGGACAGCUUAUUAUCACAUUGUGAGGACAAAAGUCUGUAUACAUACUGGUUACUUCUAUCCUUAAUUAUUAGCUAAUUUAUUUGUAAUUUGUAAAUUGAAUGAAUGUAAGUUAAUGUAGUCCUCAGGAAGCGUAGAAACCCAACUUGUGUGCAUAUGUGUGUGUGUAGAUGAUGAUUUUGCACUCCUAGCCCCUUAGCUAAGCAAUAACUAUUACAGAUUUGUGCCUAAUCUUAACCAGACACAGGGCUUACGGCAACACACACAGACAAACUGCAUAUUAUUUGUUAUGUUAAAUAUCUGUUUGUGACAUGUUUUAAACUGCUAACCUACACAAGCAGAGUAGAGCAGAGAACACGGAGCAAGUUAAUUUCAAACUAUAAAUUAAAUCUGUAAUCGGUAAUUAAAUGUCUUUGAAGUUCUUUGCUUUAAAGAAUUUGAAAUGAGGAUUAUCACCUUUAAUGACCUUUAAAAUACAAUGACAUUAACAGGCAACAUCUGAUAGAAAGUGUAAUUAAGUUGUCUAUAAAGUAAGCUAAUGAAAAACGAUGAGGGGCAUGCAAGUUCUUCCUGGUAGAGGUCUGUUAGGGUCCUCUGGGUGGUUUGUUUGUUUUUCAAAAAGAUUCUUCUCAGGGAUAUUGUUUGUGCACUCUUUGAUUUCCUCGCACUGUAAAUAUGUCAGUAUUCAAAUACAUCAAUACAACAUUUUAGUUUGAAAUUAACUCCUUUUUAGACAAUACCAUUUUUUUUACUUGAAUUUUAGAGUUUUUGUAGUGAGUGGUCACACCCCUUCACAGAUCGGACUUGUAGCUAGGCCUGGUGGUGCCACCUUCUUGUCUCCAUGAAGAUAGAUAAAUUUAAUGCCAUACCGUGAAACAUUUCCAGCACUGCAAUAAUAUCUUCAUGGAGGCAAGCAUGAGACAGGCCCUCCACCAAAAAGUUACAUAUUGCACCUUUAUGUAGAGCUGCUAUUGGUUUAUGUUUAAUGGAUGAAUUAAGUCAUGUUGAUUUUCUUUUAAGACUGUGGUAUUGCUGAGUAAACAUUUGAACAUUUUGAGCUCUGGUAACUUACUGAGAUGGACAUUUUCUUUAAGUAAGCUUUGCCAAGGGAUGGAGAUUGUUUUGUUUUUGUGUCUGUAGUAACUGAAGGAAAGUAAGUGGUGAAGUGUACUACUUUUAGUGCUUUGAGAGGCUUUGAAAAGCACAUUACAAGUGUAAGCCAUUAUUAUUAUUAUUACUAUGAAUGUAAUUAUGGAUUCAUAAAGUUUUAUUGUAAC